ACUUUGUGAUGAUUAAAUUCAUUUUUCCUAACUGGCAUUUGGAUCUUCACAUGAGGCGUUAUCCAUGCCGCAUUAAGCUAUAAUGAAUUCUUUCUCUUAUCGACUUCCAUUUUCCUUAUUUUUUCUUCCGCAACUGCGCUCCAACCCAAAUCUUGCAGAAAUCUCCACUAAAACCUUAAGAAUGAUUAAGAUUAAACGUUUCACUUCCCUGUUCCUGAUAAGGCUCAUCCAUGCAUUUAGUGGCCUCUCCGGCUUUCCCUAUAAAAUCUCCGAGCCGAAUCAAAACACUAUCAGUUCCGCCAGUCGCACAGGAACCUUUACAGCAGCAGAACAUGGAUGGUGCAGGACCUUCUCAGCCGAAGAGGCAGAAGCUGUAGCUAUGCUCAAGGCAACGCAAUGGGCCGACAGACACAAUAUUCAAAACUUGAUAAUAAAAAGAGAUAAUCAAGCUACAAUAUCGUAUCUGCAAGGAAAGACAAAUUCAGUGAAAUGGCAAUGCAUAGCAGUUUUAGAAGAAGUUAAGGUUGUAGCAGCUAAACUAGUUUCUUUUAAAGGUUUCCAGUAUGUGGAUAGAAGAGCUAACAACAAGGUGGCAGACUUGUUGGCAAAGGAUGGGAGAAGAUCAAAAAAUACAGCUUUUUGGUCUGAUCAAGCUCCCAACUUUUUAUUUCCCGCAAUAGCUUUUGACACUGUCAAAGCUUAUGAAUUAUGUAACUCUAAUGAGACUACCUUUGUAUCUUGUUCUGCCAUUGUUAAUCCAACAAAUUCAGUCAUUCGAAGAGCAACUCAACAUAAGUUAGUCUCAGAAGAGUCUGAAUUAGCAGAUUAA